GGCGCCACCCAGGACAGCUCCGAGCGAGCGGUGCUAGCCCCUGCAGUGCCCGCUGGGCCGGGCCAGGGUCUCUCCGCACGACCCCGCCCCGGAAACUGCGCAUUAGGGUUCCCGCAGAGCUGCCUGGACGCCCAUGUGUGUCGUCUGCUUCGUGAAGGCGCUGGUGCACGUGUUCAAGAUCUACCUGACUGCCAACUACACCUACAACUUCCGCAGCUGGCCUGUGGACUUCCGCUGGGAUGACGUGGGCGCCCGCGCGGGGGGCAGCAGUCACUGCGCGCUGACGUGCACGGCGGCUGCGGCUGGCGUGUGGCUGCUCCAGGAUGCCGCGCUGGGCGGGGGCGCGCCGGGGAGGCCGCUGCACGGGUCGCGCAGCCAGCUGCAGUGCCUUCUGCAGCAGAUCCGAGAGCUGCCCGGCCAGCUGGCCAGCUACGCGCUGGCCCACUCGCUGGGCCGCUGGCUCGUGUACCCGGGCUCCAUGUUCCUGAUGACCCGAGCGCUGCUGCCACUGCUGCAGCAGGGCCAAGAACGCCUGGUGGAGCGCUACCACGGCCGGCGUGCCAAGCUGGUGGCCCGAGAUGGCAACGAGAUCGACACCAUGUUCAUGGAUCGCCGCCAACACCCGGGCAGCCAGGGCCGCGGCCUGCGCCUGGUCAUCUGCUGUGAAGGCAACGCCGGCUUCUAUGAGAUGGGCUGCCUGUCGGCGCCGCUGGAGGCUGGCUACUCGGUGCUGGGCUGGAACCACCCGGGCUUCGGGGGCAGCACCGGCGAGCCGUUCCCUCGGCACGAUGCCAACGCUAUGGACGUGGUGAUCAAGUACGCACUGCACCGUCUGCGCUUCCCGCCGGCGCACGUGGUGAUCUAUGGCUGGUCCAUUGGCGGCUUCACAGCCACCUGGGCCACCAUGACCUACCCGGAGCUGGGGGCUCUGGUGCUUGAUGCCACCUUCGACGACCUUGUGCCUCUGGCCCUGAAGGUCAUGCCCCAGAGCUGGAAGGGACUGGUGGUGCGCACCGUGCGUGAACACUUCAACCUCAAUGUCGCGGAGCAGCUGUGCGGCUACCCCGGGCCGGUGUUGCUGCUCCGGCGAACUCUGGACGACGUGGUCAGCACCUCGGGCCCCCUGCGCCCCCUGCCGUCCGGCGACGUGGAGGGCAACCGCGGUAACGAGCUGCUCCUGCGCCUGCUGCAGCACCGCUACCCGGCUGUGAUGGCGCGCGAGGGCCACGCCAUCGUGACCCGCUGGCUGCGCGCGGGCAGCCUGGCACAGGAAGCUGCUUUCUAUGCGCGUUACCACGUGGAUGACGACUGGUGCCUGGCACUGCUACGCUCCUAUCGCGCUCACUGGGAGGACAAGCAGGAGGACGAGGAGUUCUGGGGACCGCAAGGCCUCGCCUUCCCGUGGCUGGUGGGUCAGGACCUGAGCUCGCGUAGGCGCCGGCAACUCGCGCUGUUCCUGGCGCGAAAACACCUCAAGAACGUGGAAGCGACUCAUUGCAGCCCGCUAGAACCCGAGGACUUCCAGUUGCCCUGGAGACUGUAGCCUGAGCCCCCGGCAACUAGCGUUGGUGCUUUUGCUCAUCUUCAGGGCCCCAGAGCCAUUCCCCUCCCCACACCCCAACCAGUAAAGCUGGCCUGCCCCGGGGACCCCAACUGGUUUCUGGGAGAGGGUAAGGCCUUCCCAGCUCCCUUUCUCUUCUUCCCCCAAACACUUGUGGAUGUCUCAGUCUGCUCCCAGUUCCUAAAGGGAAUGCAAAGAUUAACCUGACCCAAUU